AUGGCAACGGCGCGGGCCGCGCUGGCGCCGCGGCCGGGCGGCACCAUGUCCUACCUGGCCGCGGCCGAGCCCCCUGCCCCGCGGGCCGCCCCCCGCUCCCCCGGCACCGGGCCCCCGCGCAGCGGCGGGGAGCGCCACAGGAACGCCUCGGACACCGCCCAGGAUACACAGUUAAGAUCAGUGGAUUUGGAUCACGUCAUCAAACUACUUGAAGGUUCGGACUCAAAAGAUUUGGAAAAAGAGCAGCUGAAAACUCUCAAGAAGGUAGUCAAGCAUUUUGAAAACGGGAUUCCCCUUAAGGAUUUAGAACAAAUCAUCAAAAUUCUUAACCUGUGUUCAGAAAAAAUUAAGGAACAAGAAACUUUCACUGAGCCUUUAUGUGAACUUAUUAAAUUAUUUGGGUUACCAUUUCAAAAAAAGAAAUCAUCUGAUGAAGUAAAAUAUUCCACUGCAGUUUCAAAAUCCAUUGCCCAACUGGGUUAUUUGAUGAGAGUGCCAAGCUCUCAAGUUAGAAUACAAAUUUGUAAGUCUGUUAUUAACUUUUAUAAAAUGGAGCUACCAGGAAAACUACUUUCAGGUUACCAGCCAACAAGUGCAAAUUAUAAAAUCCAGAUGGCUGAAUUAGGAGGAUUAGCAGAAACUCUUGUUUUGUCACUAGCAUUAGUUGAAAAUCAACUUACUGAGAAGUUAUGGGUACUUAAAGCUCUCCAGCAUCUCUCCAGCUCUGGAGAAAAUUGCAGACUAAUGAUGAAGGCCCAAGCAGCCAGCAGGCUCUGUUUGUAUCUAAAUGCUCCGGAUCCCUCAGGACAGCUGGUGUUCCGCUCCUCACAUAUCCUAUGGAACCUACUAGAAAACGUCUCUAAAGAAGAAGUUGUUAAUCAGCUCAGUAGCUUGGAAUGUGUUCAUGCUCUGAAAGAAGUAUUUGUAGAUGCCCUACAUGGUUUCCGGCACUGUGAUCAUCAGCUACGGAAUGACCUCUUGGUGAUUGCCACAUUACUAGCUGAAAACCCUGCAGUACCUUUGGUUGAAAGUGGAUUUGCAAAGCUCUUAAUAGCACUUGCAACAUUUAAUGAAGUGAAAAUUCCCAAUCCAUUGGUAAAAGGUCUUAAACUUACCUACUCUUAUGAGGACUUUGAGAUGAAGAAGUUACUAUUUAACAUAAUAGGAGUCUUAUCUAAAAAUCCAUCUGCUGCACAGCUCCUCAGUGAAAGUGAUGUGAUGCCAGCUUUGCUUUAUUAUGUAAAACCAAAUCAAAAGCCUGGAUUUUAUGACUGGUCCGCUGCCCAAUAUGAAGAAUUGCAGCUUCAUGCAAUUGCAGUUUUAGCUGCAGUGGCUCGUGUGUUAAUAGAUAAAUAUUUGUCCUGCCAAGCGAAUACUCUUCUCCUUGUGUUUCUAGAAUGGUGUAUAGGCCAAGAUCCUUUCUUUGCUCAAGGUAACAGUUUCCAUGGAACAGGUGGUCGUGGCAACAAACUUGCACAAAUGCGCUACAGUCUCAGAGUGCUGAGAUGUGUUGCCUCCAUUUAUGAUGAUGCUGUGAACCUUAAUUUGUGUGACCAGGGAGCAAUUAGCCAGCUACUGGAAAUCCUAAGGUAUGCAGCAAACAAAUCUAAAAGGAAAGAAGAUGCCAUUCUACUGGAAAUCCAAGCUGAUACAUUAUUUAUUUUGUCUGUUCUCUGUGAAAAGGAUCUCCACAGAAAGGAACUCUUCAGCUAUGAAGGAAUUGGUAUACUUAUCCCAUUCCUUAAGAUGGAUCCAAAGGAGUUAUAUAGUGGAUUAGGCCACAGUUAUCUCCUCUUCAGUGCACUCGACUGCGUGUGGUCCUGUGUCAUUGGAUGUUACAUUGCAGAGGAUCAUUUUCUUGAAAAACAGGGCAUUUUUCUCCUUCUGGAUUUGUUGGCAUUAAAGGAAAAGAACCUGUGCAAUAUAAUUCUUAGAAUCUUGGUUGAAUUUUGUGGCAACCCUAAAACCACUUUGCACAUCAAUACCUGGCGAGGGGAGAAAGCUCAAACAGCAGCUAGCCUUCUAAUACAGUUAUGGAGAGAGGAGGAGCUGGAGCUGGGAGUCAGACGCGAUCAAUAUGGAAGGAUUGUUGACAUGAAGAGACCUAUUGCUAGCAGCUUCCAGAGACAGCAAAAGGUCAUUCCCGUGCCUGCCAGCUGUCCCAGCUUUGCCAUCAUGGAAAUUUCAGAGAACAUGCGGGCAAAACUUUAUUCAUUAUUUUGCAAGCUGGGUUUUGAAAAUUUACCUGGCUUAUCUACUGAGGAUUUUGUUACACUUGCUAUCAUUCGACGUUACAUUGACUUUAAAGUGGGAGAAGUUUGGAGUGAAAUAUGUGCAGAAGUAGAAGAAGAAUUCAAGCCUAUUGCGUCAGAUGAGGAUGCCUUGGAAUCUAUUUCAAAGGUAUCGGAAGAUACUGGAAAAGCAGUUAAUGCUCUACAGACUCAACUGAUUGAAAGUCAGCUCCACCAAGAAAUCCAAGAAGAGAACCAAACAUUUAGAAAAAUCCGAGCUACACAUAAGCAGAGGGAAAUAAUAAAUAAAUCUUGGGAAAAUUUCUUGGCUCGGACAUCAACCUAUGAGGCACUGAAGAAAGCAAAAAAGCUUCAGGAAAAAGCAAUAGAGGCUUCCAGAUCUAAAUUAAAGACUCAAACUGGAGCAUUCCAUUCUACUAAUAUUGAAGGCUUGCAUACAACAAUCGGGCCUGGUCGCUUGGUAACUGUUGAAAGUACACCUCGUCAGUUCAUUCAAGGGCCACUUGCUGGUACAGAUCUUGCUCUUGGAAGGCCCUCUUUUUGUAAAGGAGCCUCAAAAAAAGAUCAAAAGAGGUAGAACACUGAACUCAGUCAAGAAAAAAUCAGUACCUGUAGAACAGACAGUGUUCCAAACAGUGCUUUUAAUAUUAAUAUAUAGUUACCUAUAUGUAGAUACAAGAUGAAAUCUAUUUGUAAUGCUUUGAUAAAUUGCUUAGAACAUCUUGAGAGUAAAAUUGUAUUUUCCCUUAAUUAAUAUGAAUAUGGGGAUGUUUUACUAAUAUAGUACCCUGUACAAUAUGGUAGAAAGGUAUGUUGAGUCUAAUAAUUUUGUGAGCUAGUAUCCACCAUCAGUAGGUCCGGUAUUUAUAUUUCUAUCUAUUGCUGACACAGUCCACACAUUGCAGUUUAAGUAUCUCGUUGAUCAGGGUGAUAAACCUUCACAUAAACACAUUCAGUUCUUCAUUUUCCUGGAUACCAUACCCACGUGGUUCUUGUCCAAGUCCAUUUGGUUUCUUGCAUUGCCACCCUUAGCAUCAGGACUUCUGACACCUACUUCUCUCAAUCUUCAUCUAAACUCUCACUUAAAAGCUUGUUUAUGCCAACAGUUUCUCUGAGCCUGUUGGAGGGACAUGCUGAAAUGUCCCACUCCCUAUGCGUUGUUCACAGCCCUUUAAAUUAUCUUAUUAAUCUAAUUAUUUGUUGGGCUAUUACUCAUAUUGUCUCCAACAAAAACUCAUCCUCUUCCACCGUAGCACCUCUAGAAUACCAACACAAACUGGUAAGCACCAGACUUUUAUUUAGAUAACUCAGUUUCUAAGCUAUUUUCUUCUUUUUUAAUUUGGGCAAUGCCAGAAUUUGCGGUAUUACAAUAGAACAGGAUUCCCUGAAGCUGUUACUUCAUUUUAAAACCAGUUACUACCCAUUGCUAUGGCAUAAAUUUCUGUGACAUUGCAAGCUUGUAUGCUGUGACAUACAAACUCUCAUUUUUACCGGUAAGCAACAUCUUGAGAAAAGCACAAGCUUUCACUUUGUUAAUUGCCAACUUGAAAACAGGAAAUAAAUUUGAACUAAACAUAUUCCAAGUCCCUUUUUACUUCAUGAAAGAGGGAUGGUAUAGAGGGGUGUGCAUAACAUAAUGUUGUAAAAUUAUGUUUGUCCCUAUAAUAAGACAUAGCAGUGGUGACAUUAAAAAUAAAGGUAAAUAGUUUUGUUUCAAAAUAGUCUACUUAGAUUCUAUAAAAAGAAGAAUCCUAAGAAAAUAAUGAAAUAAAAUAAAACAGCUGUUUGAAAAAUGAUACUGGAAGUUUAGAAAAGUCUCUACAUGUGUAGUUUCCAAAGAUCAGAAGUGUUUUCUUAUGGGCAGCUCUGUUAAACAUCCCUAGAGUAAGGGGUUAAACAUUCUAGAGUAAGAAAGUAAUCUAGUACUUAAAGCCAGAGAAAUUAAAUUCAGCUAUGCUAAUGGAAUGCAACUUUUUAUGCUGGCCUUUUGCUGACUGAUACUUUUAAACUAUAAUCUACUUUCAUUAUGACAUUUUUUCCCAAAAUUAUCUGUAUGAAGUUUAAGUAUGUUUUAUUAAAAAACCCUGAAUGUGUAUUUCAAGAUAUGCAAGAAAUGUUAGCUAAGGUAUAUAGAUAUUCUCUUACUGAAGUCCUCUGUGUCAAGUAAAGUCUUGCUCAGUUAUUUAUCUUUAUAUUUCUCUGACAGCUCUGCAGCAGCUUUGCUGCUUUAUUACUGCUUGAGAGAUUGUAUGCUCCGUUGUCUUUUCACAAUUAAAACCAAACAAUAAAUAUUUUGCAGGGAGACCAAAGACUGUGACAUUUAGAGGGGUUUUCACAUGCUUGCACAUAUGUGAAUGUGUGGGUGACUCAUUACUACUGGCAGCAAGGCAAAAAAAAAACAAAAACGUGGAGGACUUCUAUAAGUCCUUCUAAUUUGUGAGCAAAGGCUACAGCAGUACAGUGUAGCCAAGCUAUGGAUAAAGAAGAACUUUUAACUGGAAAUCAGUUUUGCUUAUGUAAAAACUUUAAAUCAGGCACAAAGUGAGCACCACAGUAUAUCUCCCCCAAAUGCACUGUGCUUCUGCUAGCAGACACCCUGACUGCAAGCAAAUGCUUUUGUUAAUUGAGCGUUAAUGUUAAUUAA